GAAUAUCUAUUAAUGAUGAUGAUGAGUCGUAGCGCGACGAGGGUCGUCCGUUCGGCAAUGGGUCAUGCAGGCCCACACUUUUUCUCAACUGCAAUAGUCCGUUCCGCAGCUAAUGAGUCGGUCACAUGCUUUCUUAAUGCUAAACCGGAGAGGACAAUUGUGACGUUGUUUAGGGUUCCGGUCAUGGGUUUACGGAAUGAGAGUACAAUGGCCGUCGGUGAGGAGAAGAAAGCGCAGACCGGUCCGACAACAGGCGGCACCCAUGGUGGUUCGAAUGACAAGACUAUCGUGAGUUACUGGGGCAUUCAGCCACGAAAGAUCACUAAGGAGGACGGAACAGAAUGGCUGUGGACUUGUUUCAAGCCAUGGGAGACAUACAAGUCCGACGUAUCAAUAGAUCUGAAGAAGCACCAUAAGCCUGAAAAAUUCUUGGACAAAGUGGCAUAUUGGACAGUCAAGGUUCUCAGAAUCCCCACUGACCUAUUCUUUAAGAGAAACUUUGUGUAUCGAGUAAUGAUGCUAGAAACAAUCGCUGCAGUCCCGGGCAUGGUGGGAGGGUUGCUGCUCCACUGCCAGUCAUUGAGGCGGUUCGAGCACAGCGGGGGUUGGAUUAGAGCUCUGCUUGAAGAAGCUGAAAAUGAAAGGAUGCACCUCCUGACAUUCAUGGAGGUAGCCAUGCCCAACUGGUACGAGCGCGCUCUUGUUUUCGGGGUACAGGGUGUUUUCUUCAAUGCCUAUUUCACCGCCUACUUGGUUUCCCCAAAGUUGGCUCACCGCAUUGUGGGUUAUUUGGAAGAGGAGGCCGUUCAUUCCUACACCGAGUUUCUCAAGGAGAUCGAUAAUGGCAACAUAAAGAAUGUCCCUGCGCCGGCCAUAGCCAUCGAUUACUGGCGCCUCUCACCGGACGCCACUCUCAAAGAUGUGGUCUUCGUUGUAAGAGCAGAUGAAGCUCACCACCGCGAUGUUAACCACUUUGCAUCGGACAUACAUUAUCAAGGACAUGAGCUGAAUGUUGCUCCAGCACCCGUUGGAUAUCACUGAAAGAUCAGAAAUAUUUUGGUUAUUUAACUGUAUCAUGAGGUCUAUUUAUAACUGCAAGUAUUUU